GCAUUACCAUUGCCAAAGUAAAGUACCAAAGGAGAGGACCGGAGAGUGACGUAAACACCCGACCGUUGAAAGCACCCUUUCAACUCGCCGCCGGUGACUCAAUCCUCAAAAUUAUAGUAUCUCCCCAUUACCCUUGUCGUAAAGAUCUUCACUUUGGCUUCUUCCUUCCCCAAUUCCCUCAUACCCAUCUCCUUACUCUCUUCCAGGGUAAGAACAUCUUAAUAUGAAAUGAUCUGCUAAGAGGAGUAUAUAAGUCUUCUUUGAUUGGGGGGAACUCUUGAUAUGGAGGAGAGUGAAACAAAGGGGAGAAUUAGGCGCGAAACCGAAAAGGCGUGUGUUUCGGUUGAGAGAAUUGGGUCUACCUUACUUUCAUCACUUGCAAAGAAAGGUAAAGAAACAUCAAAUAAGAGAAAUCCUAAGCCUAAUAAGCGCAAAACCGAAGAAGAAAUAUGUUCAAAAUCCAGAAACAAGAAGUGUACUAGAGGACGGGUACAUUGUGAGGAGGAGAAUGAGGAGGAGGAGGAGGAGAAAGGUAAGAGAACAAGGAAGAGGAAAAGCAAGAGACAGCAAAAGGAUAACAAGGUUGAGGUAGAUGAUUCUUUAAGGUUGCAGAGGCGAACAAGGUAUUUGCUUAUUAAGAUGAAGAUGCAGCAGAAUCUUAUCGAUGCAUACGCAACUGAAGGUUGGAAAGGUCAGAGCCGAGAAAAGAUUAGACCAGACAAGGAGCUUGAGAGAGCACGAAAAGAGAUCUUAAACUGCAAGCUUGGAUUACGCGACGCCAUUCGCCAGCUUGAUUUGCUUAGUUCUGUGGGAAGCAUGGAAGAUAAAGUGAUAGCUCUAGAUGGAUCUAUUCAUCAUGACCAUAUAUUUUGUGCAGAAUGCAAUUCUCGAGAAGCUUUUCCUGACAAUGAUAUAAUACUUUGUGAUGGAACGUGUAAUCGAGCAUUUCACCAGAAGUGCCUUGACCCUCCUUUGGAAACAGAAAGCAUACCUCCCGGAGAUCAGGGCUGGUUUUGCAAAUUGUGUGAUUGCAAGAUGGAAAUCAUCGACACAAUGAAUGCGCAGAUUGGAACUCAUUUCCCUGCGGAUAGCAACUGGCAGGAUAUCUUCAAAGAAGAAGCUAGUCUUCCUAUUGGAUCUGAAGCUACAGUUAACAACGAAGCGGAUUGGCCUUCAGAUGACUCUAAGGAUGAUGACUAUGACCCUGAAAUGAGGGAAAAAGGUGGAGGAAGCAGCAGCAAUGUUAGUGGUGGUGGUGGUGGUGGUGGUGAUAACGAUGGAGAAAGCAGUUCUACUAGCUUAUCUUCUGAUGGUGUAGCACUUUCAACAGGAUCAUGGGAAGGCCAUGGAUUUAACAAUAUGGUGGAACAAUGCGAAACAAGUAAUGAAGAAGCUGUAUGUGGGCCAAGACAGCGAAGAACUGUCGACUACACAAAGUUGUAUUAUGAAAUGUUUGGAAAGGAUGCAGUUUUGCAAGAGCAAGGUAGUGAAGAUGAAGACUGGGGUCCGAACGACAGAAGGAAGAGAAGAAAGGAAUCUGAUGUAACAAGCGAGCUUGUAAAUAUGUGUGAAAGCAGUAAGAAAGAUCAAGAUGCUGUACAAAUACCAGAACAGCGUAAGAGAGAUUCUGUCUCUGUGGAAAAUAAAGGAGGUCGAAGGCCGAUGUUCAGACUCCCAAAAGCUGCAGUUGAGAAGCUACGUAUAGCGUUUGCAGAGAAUGAGCUUCCUUCAAAGGAUGUGAGGGAUAGGCUUUCAAAAGAGCUGAGUCUUGAUCCGGAGAAGGUCAGCAAAUGGUUUAAAAAUACACGGUAUAUGGCACUGAGGAAUAGGAAGAUGGAGAGCGAGAAACAACCUGAGCAUUCUAAGACGGUCUCUGGAAGAGACUCUGAACCAGAAGCAGUCAUGAAGAACAACACAGAUACAAAGCAAGCUCAAAAUACUUUGGACGAGACUGUUCCACCCGGAUUUAAUGAUUCCGCUACAAAUCAGAAAACCAUUUCUCCCUGUAAUAACAACCAGGAGGUUACAGAGGAUUUGAAGACAGUCUCUGGUGGAGACUCUGGAGACUCUGGACCAGAAGAAGUCAUGGAGAACGAUACUAAUGAAGUUCAAGAUUCUUUGGACGAGACUUUCCCACCCGGAUUUAAUGAUUUAGCUACCAAUCAGAAAAUUUACUCUCCCUGUAAUAACAGCCCGGAGAUUCCUGAGGAUUUGAAGACAGUCUCUGGUGGAGACUCUGAACCAGAAGCAGUCAUGGAGAACGAUACAAAUGAAGUUCAAGAUUCUUUGGACGAGACUUUCCCACCCGGAUUUAAUGAUUUAGCUGCCAAUCAGAAUAUUCUCUCUCCCUGCAAUAACAACCAGGAGGAAACUCAACAGGCCAAUGUCUCCUUUCCUGCACCCACAGAUGAAAUUCAACAGUAUCUGGAACAGAAUGACUCUUCUUUCGCUCUAGUGCCACAUGAAGAGCUAAGCAGCGAAAUGAGCUUAAAGACGGCUGUAGAGGAGAAAGAGACAGAGAGUAAGACGACCGAAGAGCCACAUGAUGAAGAGCUAAGCAGCGGAAUGAGCUUAAAGACAGCUGAAGAGGAGGAGGAGACAGAGAGCAAGAUUACGGAAGAGGAAGAAUACGAAGCAGUAAUGGAGAUGCUUUGUAGGACAAAAAACAAGUUACUGGACCCACAUGAAGAGCUAAGCAGCGAAAUGAGCUUAAAGACGGCUGUAGAGGAGAAAGAGACAGAGAGUAAGACGACCGAAGAGCCACAUGAUGAAGAGCUAAGCAGCGGAAUGAGCUUAAAGACAGCUGAAGAGGAGGAGGAGACAGAGAGCAAGAUUACGGAAGAGGAAGAAUACGAAGCAGUAAUGGAGAUGCUUUGUAGGACAAAAAACAAGUUACUGGACGUGAGUCAGAGACUUGAGAGAUUUAAAACACCGAAAGGCCGGAAAAAGUUAGGCAGGUGUUCUUCUUCUUUAUCUGAAGAAGACUCAGUAGUGUAUGUUCCAAUAGUAGAGGUCAUGGAGAAAAAGGAAAACAAUUGAAAAAAAAAAGAAAAGAAUCCUUUGCAGAAGUUUUGGUAUUGUUAGAUUCUUUUGGAACUUAGGUCUGAAGAAUACCUAAUGUAGCUUUUGUAUCAUUCAGUUUGUAUGUGUCAUUUAAAUUACAGAAAAAAAUCCCAGGAAAAAUAAAAUCUGGGACUUUUUAAAUAGAAAAUUUUAGCUGUGUUUUAAUACA